AUGCUACAACAGAGGAACCUGCGGGUAAACACACUGAUAUGAAAGCAUAUGGAUUGGUAUUGUGUUAACUUAAAUUGAGGGAUGGUUAGAGUUACUGUAAAUGUGUAAAUUAGUAUUCAGUCAUUCAACCGGGUCAAUCAGAGGGAGUACGUUUCGACUUUCUAGCUAGCUAGUCCACACUAGCUAGCAUUAUUUGUCCGUUGUUUCUAAACGCUUAAAAAGUAGCUAAUGACCAAAUAUGCUAGCUAAAGUUUGUGAAAGAAUAGCUACAGUAGCUCCUAGUCGUCUAGCCAAAGCAAAUCUGCAGAGGUGUUGAGAUUUCCCUUCGCUGUGGUUACCAAUGGUCACGGUGACGCUUUACUUUAGAUAGCUAACUAACGUUAGCUAAUUGGAUUUGCUCAGAUUUAACGCUGCUGCAGUCAGAGAAACAUCAUGGUAAGUAUCGUACACUAUCUAAAUCAAGAUAAGAGUCAUUUAUCACAAGUCUCCUAAUAAAUCAUUGGUCAUUCUGCAAGAUCAACCCUCUUAAGAUGUAAUAGUGCUCAGUGUAGGUUGUUGAGAGCUAGCUAAUUCUUCACAACAAUAUAGCUUCUAGCUAAAGCUUACAGUUUACACCUAUUCAAGUGCCAGUCACCCCCAUUGACUGCAGUGAAAUUAGUUUUAAAACCCUAACCUAUGUGUUCCUAAUCGAUACAGGCUAAACAGAAGAAAGGACAGAAGAGUAAGUCCCUCUGAUGUUUUUCUUUACCAAUUGAAAUCAUGCACAAUACAACUUGAAUGGAGACAAGCUCACAGAUUCAUUCAAUAUGAUGUUUUUGAACUACAGGUUCAAUUGAUGAUAUGUUAGGAGACCUGUUGGGAGAUGAUGGUAUGUGAUUACAUCCCUACAACAGAUUUAUGACCAUUCAAACGGACAAUUCAUUAGUAUAAUAUACUGUAAAUACACACUGUGUAGUGAUGGUAAAGUUUUCCAGUUUGUUUGUACAGAUUUCCCAGUGAAGGCCAAAGCUCCGGCCCGUGAAGCUGGCAGACUAGGACCUCCUCUACCAUCACGAAGUGGAAAACGGUGAGUUAACUGGGACUGAAAAAAUGUACUGCCAGAACAGAGAGUAGUCUCAACUCUUUCUUUGACUUUCUUUCUUGACCAUUUAGACAGAGGAUACUGUCACAGUCAGCUUGCUAAUUCUAUGUGUUUCGGUUCUCCAGCUCACUAUUGGGCGACGACGACUUCUUCAGCAAACUGGCUGAGGAAGUUGAAAAUGAUGAGGUGAGUUGGCAGGUCAUACAUUAAGGAUUGCAGGGAGGCAGUUGACUAUGCUUUCCUUCAUAUACAUAUUUUAUCUUCACUUCCAAUCCAGGGCUCUGAUGUUUCUGAGGCUGAUCCCACAGCCUUACUGGAGAGUAUGAAGGUAAUGAGGCCUUGUUCUAAUUACAAAUCCCCAGGGAGUAAGACUCCAGGCUUUGUGUGUGAACAUUCAUAACCCAGCUGUGUCUGUUCUAUCCUUACAAAGGACAUAGAUGAUAUGGACGCUGAUCUCUUUGGAUCAAAGAAAAAGCCCAGUUCAGCCCCAUCUCAGAGUAAAUGCUCCGGCAUUGGAGGACCUACGAAAGAUCCUCCUAAAUCAGGAAACAUGUUAAAAGGAGGGGGAAUCUCAGAUGAGCCAGCCAUUGAGGAGAAGAAGCCCAAUUCUGCUCCUGCAUCCACAGCACGUGGCUACAAGAAGUUCAGCUUCACUGGUGAGCUGACUGUCCUAUCUGGUCUCUUUGGCUAGUCUGGCUACACCAUGGGUUAUCAAUGACCCGGGCCACCAAAUUAGUAUUAAUACAAUAGAAAUAUACAUAAUUGUACAUUAUUUCUCCCUAUUGCUGCAUUGCUUCAGAUGAUGAUGAUGAUGUUCUUGCCCCAACAACUGACACAAAAGGUACCAAAGCUAAGAUGGAUGUUACAGUUGGACCUGUGUAUACACCAAAAAAUCAGGUCAACUGUAAAAUCCAUUAGAGUGGCCCUAAGUGUAGUGAAAAUCUGUUACUAUUUAAGUAGAGAUCUUAACAGACCAUAGAGCAUAUCAAUAUCAAAACAGUAUCCCCAGCUCUGAUAUCAUGUCUGUUGUCUACAGACUUUGAUGACCCUUUGGCUGACCUGUUAGAUGAUCUACCCAUAGAAGACAAAAAGGAGCCAAAAAUCACCAAAAAGGCCCCAGACUCCCCUAUCAUAAAGAAAAAAGAAACAGGUUGGUGAUCGUUUUUGUGUCUUUUAUUUGUGUAUUUAUACAUUGUAACAUACCCAAAAGAAGAGAUAGCCAGAAUGUAUCAAAUGCAUACAUUUCUCUUGUAGCCUCACCAGCUCCAGUUCCAAAGAAGCGGGAUGACCUUACGUUUGAUGAUGACGAGGAUGACCUAAUGGAUGCAUUGGGGUUUGGAGAGAGUCCCAAACAGAGCCCUAAGAAGACGGAGACAGUGCUUGUACCAAAGAAAGAGAGGUAAGGUCUCAAAUGCCUCAGUCAACAUCACAAGUUCCAACCAUGGCUAUCACAAAACCUAUGGACUAUGAUAAACCCAACAAAAAGUUCAUUUGAAAUGCACCCUCCCUGUUCCUCUGCCCUGACUGUCUACCAGCGGUGAGCUCCCUCAGAGAGCCCGCACCAGGCUAGAUGAGAUUCUGGGGCGCGGGACGUCCCCUCGCCUUCUGGAGCGCCCUCCAACAGGGGAGAGGAAGGACCCUCCGCAGCAGCAGGAAAAGCAGCAGCAGCAGCAACAACAUCAGAAGACCCGCACUACUAAAGGUAGCUAACACCCAAUACUUAAAGUGUGAUGUGGUAUACAGGCUAAACAGAAGAAAGGACAGAAGAGUUUAUGUUUCCCUUUGUCAGACCCCUUCCUAGAAGAAGACCUGACGUUUGGUUCCUAUCAGCCCACACUGGUCACUACACCUGAGGGACGUCACUCAUGCAGACAGUUGGUCAGGUAAGUCAGAGCUCAGCAGGAGCCCUCCUCAUAGUUUGGUUUGGUCAAAGCCUGGAUCAAUAAAAAAAAGUCCAUCAUAUUUGGAGAUAAUCUGAGUUCCUGAAGCUUAUCUAUGUAGGCUACUGGACCAGAGUGUAUGACAAAGGAAAUGGCCGCCAUCUAAGAUUAGCCACUCGUUUUCAGAUUCUCCACUGAGGACAUCAGUGCCUCUUCUCCUGAGAAGAAACCCAAACCCAUCACCCCCACCACUACCUUUCCCCCGGCCUGCUGCAGACUGGCUGGGGCUCUCGCAGGAUGAUGAGGAGGAGGAGGAGGAGGAAGAGAAGGAAAAGCCACCGCCUGUACCAGAACCCUUGAAGACCCCCUCCUCUUUGUCAGUGGGAAGUAAACCCUCCUCAUCUGGCAACCGCAUUCCACAGCCAUCGACAGAGACCCCAAACACCUCUUCCAAACCCCCCAAGCCAGUAGGACCCAUUGCAGAGGUCUCUGCCAGCCAAAAGGAUGAAGAUGAUUGGCUAUCAGGGGCAUUGAGCAGGAAGAAGACUCAAUCAUCCACACGGUCAGAGGAAAAGAAGACAACCCAGGAAGACUUUCUGGGGCUUGGAGAUGAGGUGGAUCUGGAGUCGUUUCUCAGGUAAGGCUAGGACUAGUGUACUCUACAGGGCAGGCAGGGUCAUACCAACACAGUUCUAAAGAAACACCUACAUUAGAAGCGACUGCUUACAUCUCAGUAUGUUGACAUUGAUUGUCUGUUACUUCCUCAGUAAACGUGGUUCUUCACCAGCUUCCAGGAGGAAAGAUGCAUCUACCCCCAACACGGAACCAGGGUAUGAUCAACCUUCAUCUAAAUAGCUGUGAUGUAUAAUAUUACCACUGCAAUAUUGCCCCAGUGAGCCAUAUGAGUUGUGGUGCUUUUGGACAUUGAAGUCAGGAUUGUAUUCCUUCUCAAGAGAUUAUCCUCUGCCCAGGGAGCCCAGCCCUACUGCUCAUUCUACCCCAUUGAGAGAGGACCAGUCCAGGCCUGGUAUGUUACACUCACUCCUAUCUUAGAGGACCCAACUAACCAUGUCCCUUUCCCUCUACGUUGUGCUAUUCAACUUCUAACUCAGAGGAGGCAUCUUUUAUAACAACCAUGUUUUGUUUUUCCAAGCCAAGUCCCUUUCUAGUCAUUUGGCUGACCCAGAGCCUACUAGAAUGUCUACCCCUAUCCCAACUGACCCUCCUGACCAGACACAGGAAACCAAUCACAUAUUCACCGGUGACCCAGAUGAGCCAAUAAGGGCAAAGAGUCAUGCCCCCCGACCAGCUCAUUCCACUGCUGAAGAAACUGAGCCUAUCAGGCAGAAUUCACACAUAGACCACACCACUCACUCACCAACACCUGAGACCCGUACUGAGCGUGUCUCACAUCCACAACCCACAGUCCUGUCAAAGGCACGCAUCAGCUCUCCCCUCCCCACAGAUACCAGUCGAGCAGUCCAGUCAUCUCCUCCACAAUCACCCACAAUAGUCAUCCAACAUCCACCCACCAAACCUCAGCCUUUCCCUUCCUCUCAACCAGUCUCCACCUUUCCAUCCACAGCUGUGUCUGCUAGAGAAGGCUUCUCUCCUGACCAGACCCCAGACCCCUCUCCCCUGCCAACCUCUGCUACUGCUAGCAUUAGCUUCCCCCUGCCCCAGCAAUACCACCCACCAGCCCUGCAGGAUCACAGGGGGCCAGGAUGGCCAAGUCCAGCAGAGCUGCCCCCUAACUACCCUGUGCAGCAAUGGCAGUCUAUGUCUGGCCCCAUGCCCUAUGCUGUGAUGCCUGGCUCUAUGCGGUGUAGGUACUCUUAGGGAAACAUAGGGAUAGCUUGUGGACAUUGUAGUCAUUUUGAAUAAUUUUCUAACUGUAUUAGUAUUUCUGAUAGUUUCUUAUGAAUCACUGCAAUUGACGAUGGGCAGAUUGUCCAGAUUGACACAUAAUGUUCUUGGUUUCCCAGUGCCACAGCAAAGCCAGAUGCAGAACACUGCACCUGCUGUCCAACCACAGGUAUGUAGAGGCCUUUCUAUUUUUCGUUUAUAUACCCUAAUGUCAUUAUGGAUGAUUUAUGUUUGGAAACCAGAAGUCACCUUUUUAAUUGUUUAACUCUUCUUCUUUUAAACAGGUGUCUCUUUCAGCUGACAGUUUUGCAACAACUUUUACUACAACAGCAGCAGGUAAAACAAAUCUCUAAUCACAAUUACUUUUUCAUUUGAUGGAAACACUUCGCAUUUCAUUAGUUUUACUAAUGUGAACACAGAUACCUCCAGGUUUUAUCAGAUGUUCUCUUUUGUGAGUCUUGGGUAACUUGACUUUGGUAUCCGUCUCUGUCCGUAGUUGGUGCAGUCCCAGCUGCUGGGGUUAGGGGGAGCUGUGGAUGUAGUUGGGCUGCAAAGACAGAAGAGCGACUGAGAAGCAGAAUGGAGAUCUAGCUUUACAGGCACGCAUCAUCAAACUGGAGGGACAGGUAUUUAUCAGCUGUCUUUUUGACAGUGCUCUUCCUCUUUCUGCCACUUUCAUAAACAACAUUCAGCUCUGACUACUGCAUCUUCUCUUCUAGGUGAGAUCUCUACAGCUGGAGCUAAACCAGAACCAGAUGUUGCUGGAGAGUGUUCAGCAGAGACACAAGCAGGACACUGAGCUCAUGGAGAACACACAGGUAUGACAGGAGCUCUGAGACCUAUAGAGGUCCUGCCACCACCACACAGACUGAAUCACUACCUCUUUACCCAAAAGUGUGUUGCAUCCACCAGGGCUCGUGUGAAGCUGCUUGAGGAUUUUGCGGCACAGCGAGAAGCACGGGCACGACAGGAAUGCGAGGACCUAGCGGAGCGCCUGGCCACCGUCACGCGUAUAGCUGAACAGGAGCGUACAGAGCUGCAGGCACAGCACCAGCGCAGACUGGCCCAAACCCAGCAGGACAGAGACCGAGAGGUGGAGAGACUCAGGGACCUACAGAGGUAGGGGGCUACAAGAUACCACAUUAGAGAACAUGAGAUUGUGGCCAUUCCUGUAUUUUCUCCCUAAAGCCCAGCUAUUUUCACUGCUUGUGGAUAACAACAUUUAUGUUAUCUUUAUAUUUCCAUAAUGUUCCUUAAUUUUUCCUUGCUUUGUCACUGUUUCCUUCCUCUAGGAAGUCUAUUUUGGAGAUGAAGAAAGACCAUGAGGAUCAGGUCCAGAGGAUGAGGAGAUUGAUGCUGUGACCAGUGCCACAUCACAAACCAGGUCACACAUGCGUUUCUACGCAAUACUCAUUUUUAACCAUACUCUGCUAAAUCUCCAACCUUUGCAUAAGAAUUAUACAGAUGACAUGCUACAUGUAACCAAACUCGGAACUUAACUAUAAGUUGACAUCAUAUAGCCUCUCAUUCUGUGUAUUGGUGUUGUAGGUCCCUGACAGUGGUGAUUGAGCAGAUGGAGCAUUUCUCCCACAGGCUGGGGGACCUUUCGUCUCGGGUGGAGAGCACCCAUAACAACACAGCCCAGGGGCUGGAGCAGGGGGCACGGCAGAGAGACCAACAGCUCUGAGGUAUCAUACCACUACUCAGUUUUAUGAAAAGAAAACAAUGAUUUUCAUAAUAAAGUAGUUUCUAUUUAUUUUCCAUUCAGUCAGUGAGAAUGUCCUGAUGUUAUGUGAAAGUCAGCUUGUCUACUUGUCUCAGUGAUGCAGGACCGUCUGGGCCAGCAGCAGAGGGCCAUGGCAGAGGAGAGAACAAGGCUCAAAGAAGUCAUUGCCAAGAUGGACACCCAGCUGGCUGAGCAUCAGAGGCAACUAGAGAAGGUCAGGAGUUACUAAGAGGCUUUGACUGUGCUUUUAUGACAGGUCGUCAUUGUAAAUACGAUUUUUCUUAGUUGACUUUCCUGUAUAAAUAAAGGUCAAAUAAAAAUUAUGCCAUGUCACUCUGGAACAAAAUGAAUGGGAUCGUAAUGGAAAACUUGCCUUGAGUGACUUCAAUGGAGGUCUUGUGUCAACACAGGGCUCCAGACUUACAUUUUCCCCUGGUGGCACUGCUGCCACUAAUGUUUUCUGUUGGUGGCACCAGCCCAUGAUUUAGUGGCACCCCCCAAAAAAAAUUGGCGGUGUCACAGAGGUCAUUUGAGUCAUCUUAUAAAAUCAUUCACAAUGCUUUAAGUGUAAUAGACUACUGAGAUUUGUUCAAUAAAUAAGUUGUUACAUCUAACAUGUCCAAGCAAUAUAUUUUCAUGCAACCUAGUCCACAAGUACACUAUUUUUGUUUGAUUUUACUCUCGAUCUCCAGAAAUGUCUGUGUGAUUUGUUCAAUAGAGAUGAAUUUGUCUCCAUCUUUGUGCGAAAUAUGAUAUAGGCCUAAUUCAAUUGGUGCUAAUUCACCACCUGAGGAAGUGGAAACUCAACACAUUAGCUAGAUCGCUAGUAAAUGUAAUGUCCUAAAAAAAAAUUUGCAAUGAGGCCUAGUGCACUAGCGAUGGCCGAUGCGCAAUUUCGCACACACUUAUUGAGCUGUGCAAUUUCGCACAGCUCAAUAAUCAUUAAGAAUUAUACCUACAGAAAGUGGAGACCCUCCUCCAUUUUUAUAUGGACAACUAGCUUGCUUCCAAAGUUAUUUUCCCCGCAACUGCAUUUUGAAAUGUUAUACAAUCCCGAGGGGCACACAAGGGGGAGAGUGAGUGAGAGGCUCGCUCAGUACAGCAGCCGGCCCCACCGAAACAGGCAGGCAGUGCAGACACUUAUUACAGGAAUCAUGAGGAUAAUGCACUUUACUGUUUAACAAAUUCAUGGCUUUAUCCGCCCCAAAAAUAGAACGUUUUGAUUGAGGUGACCAGGUAGAAGGUGCAGCUCGCACCAGUGCCACCAAUAAAAAAUUUACCAAGUCAAAGGGUCGCAAAAUGCAACUAAAUGGUCACAUUCUGGAGCCCUGCAACAUUUUAUUCACAAAGAUAGGUUUGUUCUUGCAUAAACGUUUCGCUUUUCCUUCCAUUUCCCCAGAAUGUUGAAUAUGAUGAUUGUGUGUUGUAGGAGCGCUGGAGGGUGAAUGCGGAGCAGGCUAAGGCUGACUCAUCUCAGAGAGGCCUGGACGAGGAGAGAUGCUCUCUGACUCAGCACAUCAACAUGGAGAGAGGGGAGCUGGAGAGGGCAAAGGUAAGACCGAGAGAUACACUGAGGGAGAAAUUGUAAAAUAUGUCUGCCAGAUCUCUCCUUAACAUGUAUAACUUAGAUUAGAAGACCCCCAUCUAUCCCUCACUACUCCCCCUCUCUCCAUGUAUAGAGUGCCCUGUUGGAGGAGCAGCACCUCCAUCAGGUCAAUAAGUGGAUGGUAUACCAGCCACUCAUACUAGACAAUCUCAGAACUGAAGGCCAUCUGAUAUAGGUGUACCAGCAGAGGAGCUAUAGGACAGGCACAUUAUGGUUGGAAUGGUAACAUUGAUGCUGUUCCGUUUAUUCCAUUCUAGCCAUUAAUGAGCCUGUCCUAUAGCUUCUCCAAAGUGUACAAAUCAUAUGUAACCUAUCCAUCCUGCACCAGGCUCAUUAAAAUGUCCCCUUCUACAGGAGAGAAUGAAGAUGACAGAGCAGCGUAAAGUUGACUGAAGCACAGCCUUCCAAUCACUCCUUUUCCACAAUCUAUGGCCCCCAUAUUCACAGGUGGGCUGAGCCCUUAAAACAAAUAUUUUUCCUUGCGUUAACACUCAGAACAGUAUCUUUUACAAUAUUUUAAUACUGCAGUUAUCAUUUUACUGUAGCAGACUUCAGCCCGGUGUUGUUGUAGUACCUCAGAUUGCCUCACCCCUGUUCUCCGGUCCUGGUUCUACGGAGCUCCAGGCCAGAUUGGCACUGCCCAGGCACACAGCAGAGAAGGUAACUGAUGCAUUACUAACCAAAUUGAGUGUGCUUACAAUCAGUUUAAAGUUGUGAACAGUUAGUGAGUCAUUUUCAGAGGGCCAAAGCAUUUUACAACAAAACACUCUGGUCUGAAAGUUACCCUUGAUGUGCUAGUAAAGAUGGAACAAGCAGAUUAGUUUCAAAAUCUUUAUUGUAGGUAGAAAUGUACUUGCUUUAUCCUCUUAGGAUCGUGACUUUCUGCAGGACGAGCAGUUCUUCUUGGACACACUCAAGAAAGCACCUUACAAUUCAGCCUUUCACACAGAUUAA